GCAGGUGCAGGAGUGUCAUCAAGCAGCUGUCUGAGAAAGAGAAGGACCCCUACAUUCUGGGUUUCGUCUCGCACUUCAUCAUCAUGAGACUGUCUCCAAAUCUGCUGCUGUUCUUUUCUUUCCUGUCACUUACCGGGGCACAAACAGCAGCUACAUUAACAUCAUCUGCAACAACUGCUUUAAAUUCACUUGCAUCAACUACACCUGCAUCAACUACAUCUGCAACAACAACAUCUGCAUUAAAUUCAUCUGCAACAACAACCUCUACAUUAGCAACACUGGCAGCAGCAUCGACGAUCUUCUAUCCAUUUGGUUGGGUGGCUGGAGACACCGAACGUUUUAUUAAUUACAAUGAAAGCUAUGAUUACGUUGCCUUCUCUACCCCAUUUUCAUUCUUUGGCCGCACAUACAACCACACAUAUGUUAACAGUAACGGACUCCUUACUUUCAGUCAACCUUCAACUGGAGCUCAAGCUUUCCCUUUACCUGCAUAUGGAAAUGAAGAUUACAUUGCUCCGCUCUGGACUGACCUCAAUGACUUUGGGAUGGGUGUUUAUUCAUAUCAUCAGUACACAGAUGGAAGUGUCCUCACUCGUGCCACACUGGAUAUAAAGCGAUAUUUCCCUCAGAGGGCUUUUUCUGCUUCUUGGGUCUUUGUUGCAACAUGGGACUAUGUUAAAACGCGGAAUAUAAGUGUAUUUAAUCUUCACUCAGGACCGGCAGUCAGAUUUCAAGCGGUUUUAAUUUCAGGAGGUGGUUUUUCUUUCAUUCUGAUUAAUUAUGGUAACUGUGCUGCCGUAUCCUUUCCAGCGGAGGCUGGAUAUGACACUAUAAACUCCACAGACUUCUUUCAGAUUCAUUGUUCAACUAAUGGCAGCUCCAUCCCAAUCCUCAAGAACUCGACUAACGUAAAUGUUCCGGGUCGCUGGGCUUUACUUGUGAACCCCGCGCCAGCACCAGCGAUAUUUUACCCAUUUGGCUCAUCAGAAGACACAAGAAAUCCUGCUGUUGAUGACGGAAGCUCUUCUGUUGUUCAGCUGUCGAGUCCAUUUCUAUUUUUUGGCCGGACAUACCGGCAGAUUUAUAUUAAUAAUAACGGACACAUCACAUUCAACCAGCCUUCAUGGGAAUUUGUUCCCUACUCGUUUCCUGCUAAUCAAAGUCAGGAUAUAAUUGCUGGUCUCUGGACUGAUCUUGACAACCGUGAGAGAGGUGUUGUUUCAUAUCAGCAGUACACCAGUGGACAUGUUCUGACUCGUGCCACUCAGGAUAUAAAAACAUAUUUCCCAGAUCUGAACUUCAACGCUUCUCAGGUCUUUGUUGCAACUUGGGAAAAAGUUGCUUACUACAGCUUAACCACCACAGAAACAUCAUUUCAAAUCGUUUUAAUUUCAGCCAUUAAUUAUUCCUUUAUUCUGAUAAAUUAUGGUGACAUUGCUGUAACAGAACGUCCAGUGCAGGCUGGUUAUGACACAAUAAGCUCCACAAACUACUUUGUGAUUCCUGGAUCAAACCUCGGCAGCUUCAUCUCAAACCUCAGGAACUCCAGUAAUGUUGGUGUUCCCGGUCGAUGGGUCUUCAGGGUGGACAGCGGAUCAAACUCAAACAAAAAGUACGUCGUUGGACUUCAAGCGAAACUUUCCUCAUUUUCUGACCUAACAGAUGGCAGAAACAUUCAGACCAUUAUUCAUCAAAUAAAACAGGAGCUGGUCAAGUACGGUCUGCCGAACAGCAUCGAGCUGAAGUUAAGAAAACUGCAAGCGAUAAAGUCGAUCGCCUGCCUCCCGUCCCAUGCCAUGAGACUGCGGAUCGGAGAGGGAAAUUUCCUGCUAAACCACAUUUGGUACAAGAGCAGCUUCAAAGAAGGUCUGAGAAGGAUCCCUAUAAUUCAGUUUUUUCCUGACUUCUUCAUCAUGAGACUGUCUCCGGUUUCACGACAUCUGUUGGUGUUCGUAUCAGUCCUGUCCCUCGCCAAGGCACAAACAAUAUUUCCAUCAAUAACACCUGCGACAACACAGUCAACAACAUCUGCAAUAACAUCAACAUCUGCAGCAACGACAGCAACAACAACAAUAUAUGCAGCAACAACAUCUGCAGCUGCAGCAACAACAACAACAUCUGGAGCAACAACAACAACGACAUCUGCAACAACAACAACACCUGGAGCAACAACCUCAACAACAUCUGGAGCAACAACCUCAACAACAUCUGGAGCAACAAACUCAACAACAUCUGGAGCGAAAAACUCGACAAUAUCUGGAGCAACAACAUCAACAACAUCUGGAGCAACAAACUCAACAACAUCUGGAGCAACAACAACAACAACAUCUGGAGCAACAACAACAACAACAUCUGGAGCAACAACAGCAAAACUACUGACAGACCCUUGCUACAAAUACACUGUGCUGGAUGAUCCAUGGAGAUCCACAACUUAUGCAUAUACUCCCCAAAACCUAAAGUGUGACUAUAAUGUCAACUGGGUCGGCUGGUAUCGUCUCUUCUUGAAUGGUCAGAGCGCUCAGAUGUCAGAAACGUGCGUUAGUCAGUUUAUGUGUAGCACUCAUGCCCCGCUCUGGCUGAACGGAGCACAUCCAAACAUCGGGGAUGGAGAGGUGACCCGAAACGUCUGCGGUCACUGGGAGAAUAACUGCUGCCGUUUCCCUUCCAAUCCCAUAAAAGUCAAAGCCUGUCCAGGAGGUUAUUACGUCUAUGCGUUUGUUCAGCCAAAUUACUGCUCUGGGACCUACUGUGCAGUUACCAGCAUCAACAACGCUCCGGAGUCAACCUUGGGAGCACCAACAAUAUUUUACCCGUUCGGCUCAGCGGCAGGAGACACAAAUAAUCCUGUUCUCGAAGAUGGAAGCUCUCCUGUUAUUCAGCUGUCGAGUUCAUUUCUGUUCUUUGGUCGCUCGUACCAGAACAUUUACGUGAAUAAUAAUGGAUACCUCACAUUUAACCAGGCUUCGUCAGAAUAUGUUCCCUACUCGUUUCCCGCUAACAGAAGUCAGGAUAUAAUUGCUGGUCUCUGGACUGAUCUUGACAACCGUGUGAAAGGAGUUGUUUCAUAUCAGCAGUACAUUAAUGGAAGUCUUCUCACAAACGCCACUCGGGAUAUAAAGACAUAUUUCCCAGAUCUGAACUUCAACGCUUCUUGGGUCUUCGUGGCGACGUGGGAUAAAGUCGCUUACUUCCCAGUAACCAACACAAACACAUCGUUUCAAAUGGUUUUAAUUUCAGGCCGUAAUAUUUCCUUUAUUCUGAUGAAUUAUGGAGACAUUGCUGUAACAGAACAUCCAGUGCAGGCUGGUUAUGACACAAUAAGCUCCACAAACUACUUUGUGAUUCCUGGAUCAAAACUCGGCAGCUUCAUCUCAAACCUCAGGAGCUCCAGUAAUGUUGGUGUUCCCGGUCGAUGGGUCUUCAGGGUGGACAGCGGCAAAAAUAACAUCGUUGGACUUAAAGCGAAACUUACCUCAUUUUCUGACCUAACAGAUAAUGGAAACAUUCAGAUGGUUUUAGAUCAAUUGAAACAGGUGCUGGUUAGGAACGGUGUGUCAAACAGCAUCGAGCUGAAGCUAAGAAAAGUGCAAAAGAUAAAGCCAUGAUAUCAGUCUCCUUCACAAAAUUUUAUGAAAGAGAUACAGGUAUAAUUUUUCCACGUGGACAAGUCUUUAAAGUUUUACAUUUUGCAGUAACUUUCUUUGCCCGUUAAAAGGGAUUUAUACAAUAAAACCAUGACCAACAAUUACAAAUUUCUCAUGUGAGCAAGUUUAAUGAUUAUUAUAAAAUUAGAUAACAAUCAGUUUCACAAAUCCAGUUAUAUCUGGUAAAGAGGAGCCUUCUUCUCACACAAAGCUGUGAUUAGUGAUUUGUAAUAUAGUGCAAUUGUUGUAUAGUUCGUUUUUGUUCUUAUGGGCUCUAAUCUUAAGGGGGAAAAAAAUUACAUUUCUCUUUUGGAAAAAAUGGUGAAAUUUCCAUUUAUGGGUGCAAUGUUGAAAGGGUCAUCAAAUAUGUUUGUCAUAGGUAUACUUAUUUUUUUACUUUUUCUAACUUAUGUAAUGUAAUCUUUGUAUGACUGUGUCCACUAAAGAAAACAUUUUGUA